GAUAUCACAGGGCAGAUCGGCAAGUGGGCAGCCAUCUUGACUCUGCAACUCACUGCCAUCAUUGUCUCCAUCAUGUCUGGCAGAAACAGCAGAAAAGCAAAGAGGAGGGAAGCCAGUGUAUCCAGCGGACCUGAAAAGAAGACAGGAUGGACUACUAUUUCUGAGGCAUCGGCUGCUGAUUCGGAAAGUACGAGGGUCGCGAUCCCCGGCAUCACUGUACCUGAUGCCGUGACUAUGUCACUUGUCGACCCGCCACGGGAGAGAUCUUCUACAAUUCAAGAUGUAGACGAGCUUCCGGGACGACCCACCAAACGUCCACGCUUAGAAGGCCCGCCUUCGAUUUUGGAGAAGUUGAACCGUAAACGUCAUCGCGAUUUCUGGUAUCCCGACGGUAGCGUUGUGAUUGAAGUUGAAAAUAUACUUUUCCGGUUACACCGCUCAAAGCUUGAGAAGGAAUCUCCAUUGCUUAGUUGCCUGUUUGCAGAAAGGGACCUCGAACUGGAAGAUUCGGAACGCAUGGACACGAAAUCUUCUGUGGUGGACUUUGUAGAGCGAUGUCCUGUUAUCUCUAUUAACUCUACCGGAAUCAAGGCCACGGACUUCGCGGAAGUCAUUAGGGCAAUGGAUGAGGCAUUCCCAUACGGAUUUGAAACACCUCCAUUCCAGAUCCUAGCCUCGAUACUGCAAGCCUGCUCGAUUUUAGGAUUUGAGAAAGCAGCGGCCUUUGCGAGACGAUCCAUCAGCAACCUUUGGUCUCCUGACCUCGAGAGCCUUUCUUCCACCAAGCUUCCCAACGCUAUAAAAGCGGUACACUUGGCAAAAACAUGCAACCUUCCUGUUAUACGCAAGCGUGCUCUAUAUGAAUUGCUACGGACCUCCUCGUUUGGGCUAGAGUUGGACGAUGUCGAGGGAUUCGAAGAUCCUGAAGUUUUCGAAGUACGAAGUCCCAUACGUGGCGAGGAUAUCUCCCGACUUCUUCGCGCUCGGGAGAUGUUGCAGCGUAACUGGAUAGAGGCCACUGCAAAUCCGGCGAACGUAAUCUUCAGCCCUCGUAAUUGCGCGUUGAAGGACAAUACCACGGAUGAAACCAUUCCGAAAGCAAGGCAAUCUUGUCUUCCGUUAUCUGCACGUUAUAACCACUGGGAAACUACUGUCAUACAAUCGGGCAUCCUUCUGGAUGGACUUCUUGAUCCUCUAGAAGGACUGAAACGCCUUGGGCAGCUUGAUUGGCUGCAGGGUGGAUAUUGCAUGAUGUGUGCCUCUGCAAAGCAAGACAUGUGGGGGAGAAAACGAGAGGCAUUUUGGAAUCGUUUGGAUUCCAUACUCGCCCUGACGGAUGGAAGCGAAGAAGAAGAGUCCUUGAUAUAAUGGGCUAGAUAACGAUAAAGUAAGCUUGCUUUAUGUGACAUACAAUCACGAUGGCGGUUGUCAACGCAAAUGUGCCACCCGGAAAACCCUCCUUCGCCUGACAGCAGUCGUCACCGUGAAGACGCUGAGACCAGUAUGACCGCGACUCUGACUAGCAGUCACGAUAGUUGCCGCGGAUCACUCGUAACACGACCCUCAAACGAUGAGAUGAACGGAUGCCAAAGGGUUGGCUGAAAACACUGACAAGAAUACAUGAACUCGAGCUCGUAUCUUGUAUGUACUGCCGUUUAUUGUAUACCAUCUGCCAAACGCUGGCGGAUCGCUCGAUGCCUUAUAACGUCGAACUUGAUGUUGUCAUCCAGGUGGUCCUUUCGCUACUGCUGGCUCAAGACAUUUGUCAUAAGGAUAUCAACAUUCCGCAGAUCGCUUAGAGAAUCCAGUACGAAUGUAGCAUGUUACACAACCCUGAAGCGGGAGCUCAGAAUUCGCAGGCGGGAAGAUCGAUCGCAGAAACGCUGGGGUCCUGUUGGCCAACCCGACGUGGAGUCUGCUUCCUGUCUCUGUUACCUGUAUAUUAUCUAGGGAAACGUUAAGUCGGUACUCCUCCUGCUAUUUUGUGAUGCAUGUACACCAGUCGUUGAAUCCAGGCCGUGUUCUGUCGCUUGUCUGUCCAAGCUCGAUUAUCUUUUCAACCUGUGUUUUUUUCAGGCACCGAAUUCGAGCAAAUUCCUCGCUUU